UAAGACCAGGGCGAGGGCGCAGCAGCCAGACAGUCUCGCACAGUCAGCGAUCGUGUUCAGUAGUUCAUAGCGAAACCAGUUGGAAGAGCAAACAACCUAAGCAGCCAAGAUGUCGCGUUCCUUUUUGAUGGAUUCCCUGCUCAGCGAUAGGCCCAACCUGAGCCAGAAGAAGGAGAAACUGGGAUCGCCAGGAGGAAGUCCUGCGGCUGCUGCUGCGGUGGCCGCCGCUGCCAUGUUGCCAUCGAUACCGAUGCUGCCUUAUCCGGCCAGCUAUGUGGGCAGCUAUCUCUUCUCCUUGGGCAUCCAGCAGCAGCAGCAGCAACAGCAGCAGCAGCAGCAACACGCAGCAGCGGCGGCCGCAGCAGCAGCAGCAGCUGCCCUGCAGCAACGUCCACAUGUCAGCUCGAGUCCAGGUUCACUAUACCAUCCAUACGCGCAGCUGUUCGCCAGCAAGAGGAAGUCCAGCGGAUUCAGCAACUACGAAGGUUGUUAUCCAUCGCCACCGCUCUCGGCCAAUCCCAACUCCCAGCAAUUGCCGCCACUACACAACCUCUACGGAUCCCCAGUUGUGGGCGGACUGCCCUUGCCGGAACCUGGCAGCUUCUGCACAUCACCAUCCGCUUCAUCAUCCGCCUCCUUGGAUUACACCAAUAACUUCGAUGAGCCGCAGGGAAAGCGCUUCAAGCACGAGUCCUCCUGCUCGCCGAACAGCUCGCCGCUGAAGAGCCACUCCUCGGGAGCUCCUGCCGAGAUCACGCCCUUGAUCAACGACUACGCCGAUUCCAGCAAAAGGAUUCGCACUGCCUUCACCAGCACCCAGUUGCUGGAGCUCGAGCGGGAAUUCUCGCACAACGCCUACCUGUCCCGCCUGCGUCGCAUCGAGAUCGCCAACCGAUUGCGCCUCUCCGAGAAGCAGGUGAAGAUCUGGUUCCAGAACCGACGUGUCAAGCAGAAGAAGGGCGGCUCCGAAAGUCCCACCUUCAAUCUGUCGACCAACUCCAAUGGAAGCCCCCAAGCAUCUCCAGUGUCGCCCCAAGUCAAAGUGCACGAACUGAAGGUGGAGGCGUAGAUUCACCUAGUAUAUUGUACAGUAGAUCGUAGUCUGUUUUCAGCCUUAAGUACGUUAAAGUGAAUAAAUUUUAAUC